AUGAUGAUACACAUCAGCACCAUAGAUGAUAUCGUAUCAUUGCUCAAAAUGAUAUAUCACAAAAAUUGUGAUGUUAUUGGCUCAAUCAUCUACAUUUUUAUAAACAAUCUGCCUCGCAAUGAAAGAUACAAGCCAGAGAACACACUUCUCGUAGGAUUGAUGCCUGGCCUGAAGGAACCCAAAUCCAAAGAGAUAAACCAUUAUCUCCAGCCUAUGGUAGAUGAUCUGAUAAGAUUGUAUGAGGGACUGGCAAUCCCAACUUUUGAGUGUCCUAGUGGUGUCCACAUCCGUGCCACAUUGAUGAUGGUGGCCUGUGACAUCCUGGCAGCAAGAAAGACAAGUGGGUUCACCUCGCACAACAGUACAUGUGCAUGUUACAAGUGCAACAGACAUUUCCCUUGCUUGGAAAACGGUGUCAAUGUUGACUUUUGUGGGUUUGACUUCUCUCGGUGGGUGCUUCGUGAUGGUAUAGAGAACAGGUUGCAUGCUGAGGAGUGGGAAAGUGCUAGUAACCCCUCAGAAAGGCAUUGGCUGGAGGUCAAAAAUGGUGUUCGAUGGUCUGUGGUGAUCCAGACACUCGGAUGUUGGAUUUAUCACAUAUAA